CUAUGUGAGAACUUCCUUGUAGUUGUCAACAGCGGGUGUAAAAGGACAGUGAAUACAACUAGCUGACAGUACAUAGUGAUAGCAGUAGUGUCCAAAACAACAGGCAGACAGUUAGCUGGACAUAUAUUAUUUGCAGUCUGGGAAACAAUCGGCUAAGUUUAGUGGGCUACGUGUAAAACAUGCCAUUCUGAACUUGGUUCAUGUUCACAGGGGCACACACAGCAUGUACUCUGCGUUGCCCAUAUGUGUGUCCUCCAGCCAAUUACACAAUAUAUGACCUAUAUUUAAUGAUAGAUGUGGACUGAGUGAUACAUCAGUCAUCAGUUACUAAUACAUCCAUGUGUAUAAUCUUCUUCAAGUUUGACCCACGGCCUGCAUCCAAAAAUGCCUACAGGCUAAUUUUGGCUGCAAACAGAGAUGAGUUUUACAACAGGCCAUCCAAAGCUGCAGACUUCUGGGGGAGCAACAGUGAGAUCCUCAGUGGCCUGGACCUGGAAUGUGGAAAAGAAGGUGGUUCAUGGCUUGGGAUCAGCAAGAGGGGCAAGUUGGCUGCGAUUACCAACUACAUGGAAGGUCGUCCGAACCCUGAUGCACCAGGAAGAGGAUUUCUAGUGUCUAACUACCUUACGGAUAAGGACGUAGACUGUUAUUCCUACCUUAAGAAGUUGUCUGCAGAAGGCCACCUGUACAACGGCUUCAACCUUAUCACAGCAGAGUUCAGAGCAAAACAAGACACAGUGUGUUACUAUGGAAACAGAGGCAGCCCUGAACCCAUCCGUCUAAAUCCAGCAGGAAUCUACAGCUUAAGUAAUUCACUCUUGGACACUCCGUGGAGGAAAUUGCUGCAAGGCAAGCAGCACUUCAGUCGUGUUGUCAAUGACCCGUCGCUGUCCUAUGAUGGACUGGUGCAAGAGCUGCUUAAUGUCCUUAAUAAUGAGGAACUGAACACACCUGAUCCAAUUCAGGAGAGUCAGGGUGAUGGCUACAGCAAGUCUAUGAUCCAGGCUCUGUCAGCUGUGUGUGUUCGCUCCCCUCAUUAUGGUACAAGGACCAACACAAUAAUCCUAAUAGAUGCAGAGGGGAAUGUUAGCUUCACAGAGCGCACCAUGCUCAACUGUGACACAAGCAAGUGGAGCACCAAUUCUUUCCAGUUCAACCUACAGGUGUGAAGACAAGAUGGAGGAAACCCAUUCUGUGCCUUUCUGCAUCAUCUUCCAUUGCAUCCCACUCAGCCCCUGUCCUACUUCCCAAUAGUAGUGAUGUGAACAUGGAGACUUGUCUGCAUUUUUUGCUCCAGCUAUUCCCUAGCUGCCUCAUAAAUAUCAGCAAUAUGUCUUUCUUACACUAGUUUAAGUUAAAAUGCAAAUCUGAAAAGUCUGUGCUAAUUUAAAGAAUAAAAAGCCAAAGGACAUGAUUUUGUUUACUUUAUGUCAUAAACAGUAUUGGUUUGCUUUACAAAAAAUCAAAUCUGUUUUACUUGAUGGUAACUCUAAAAUUACUGAGAUGCAAUCUAAGUUCGUUGAAAUGAGAUGUCUGCCUUUAGCUUUCAAUCAGACUUCCAACAUUGUUUACAACAGAUAAUUUGGUGCAAAUGCUAAUGUUUAGUUAAUAAAUUGCUGACUUUUUUC